UCAUGUCCGGCGCACGGGUAAAGCUUUAUUAAGGAGCAUGGAUCUUGAUUAAACCGAGGAGACGGAGAGGAGCGUGAAGUGCCUCCAAUGUCCCAGAGCUAACAAGGGUUCUUCUUAGGAAAAGCCUAGUGUGGCUAGACUAGUUCAAAGGCUUCUUGAUCCUCGGGCAACCAGGGCAACGAGCGAUCCAAAGUUGCAGCUCCAGUUCCGGGUUGACUUUUGUUGACGAGUGGGUGCUUGAAUUGAAGAACGCUCACUCUAUUUAUGUAUGUAUGUAGAUGCUUUGCCAAGCGGGGCCUGGGAAGGAUUAUACUCUCCACCUGACUCUUGCAUAUCUGCACUCUCCUGUCUCCUGGGCUCUGACCUUGAGACUUGGCGGAUGUCGCUGUUUUGCGACAUCUGCGAGAGGUGCUAUGGUUGUGGCUGGGGAACUCCAGCUUUGCGCGAGCGGGACAAUUGAUCCGGCAAGACAAAGUGCAUGCAACGUCAAUAGGCUUGACUGUAACGCUCGAACAAGGCAGGAGAUGACGGUUAAGAGGCCAUGGCACUGGAAUCGGCGAUUAUGCUCGCAGGUGAUGUACAAGGCGGACGGGACAUCAAAUCGCAUCUACUCUGAUGUUUGGGGCGAACGAUUUUGUCAUAUUAUCAAUCGCCCGAGAAUGGGCCCACGAAUGAACUGUUCUGCUCUCUUCGUCCCAUCUUCAGCAAUGCAAGCGAUUUGGGAUCCAGGAUUUGCCAUUGGCACCGAGGGUUUACCGUACUUGUUCGGCUUGUGUUGCAAUGCCGGUUCACUGGCUGGCCCCGACCCGUUCGGUUCCAACCGCGAAAACUCGACCAAGCGAAAGUGUCAGCAAAAUGUCGGCCCCACGAUCAGCAGGGGCACAUCAGUCCACAGCAGUUGCUGUGUUCAUUCGCUUUGACAUGUGCUCUCAUUCUCAUACACCAAGUUCCCCUUGAGCGGCCCGGGCGAGAUGUCCUUAUAACGCGGAGUCUAUCUUAUAGUCAGCUCCGGCGUAAAUCAAGAGUAGCAACGGGCCUAAAGGUCCAAGCGAGAGCAUGCUCUCGCUACAGCACAGAUCAUGACCAAGACGAAGUGAGGGGCA